CAGGAGUAAAGACCGCUUCACCGGUGCUUCUUUUGUGCCAUUUUGACCCAGUGAGAGGCACUGUCAUCGACUACAUGCACGGUAUUCUGUUAGGAGUCACAAAAACGCUGUUGCACCGUUGGAUUGAUAACGAGCACAAAGGAGAACGAUUUUAUAUUGGAAAUGAGAGAGAGCUGAUAGACCAAUGCCUUUGUAACAUUAAGCCUCCCGACUAUGUGAAGAGAGUGCCUCGAGGUCUACAGUGGUUAGGACGCUGGAAAGCGUCAGAGUUCAGAUCUUGGCUUUUGUUUUACGGUAUUCCCUGUCUUUGGGGAAUUUUGCCCAGUUGCUACUUGAAUCACUUUGCCUUGUUGACGGAGGGAAUUUUUAUCUUUCUUAGUGCAAAAUUAUCUGAAGACUCUAUUAAGAGAGCAGAAACCGUCUUACAGGCCUUUUUUGAGCAACUAGAGCCAUUAUAUGGUAUUUCAACAAAUUUUUACUCAAUUUGUCUUUAA